UCAUAAGAUGGUUUUUUUUUAAUUGUUGACAAAUAUAUAUACGCGUGUUAUGGUGAUCAUACAGUUCAUUCCAUCAGAAAUUGUUGCACGUUCGCUUUACACCAAGUCGACCAUUAUUCUAACCGAGUGGUCCUUGGCCAUGUUCGAGCCAGUCCUGGACUGGAAUCCGUCAUUCCCUAAUUUAGAACGCGCAACCCAGAACUUCGCUGCGCGGACCCUAUCUGGUGGAGUAUUUUGUAUGUCUUUGAAGGAGACGACAUCGCGGCUUCUGUCCCAGCCACUAGCCAGCACGAUUAGAAUCGCGUUGACGGGAGUGAAAUCAUUAUCAAAUAGGAUUUUGCGAUUCACUGGGGGCUCAACUAACGGACCAAAUACGGAAACCGUGAUCUUCGCCACUUUUGAUAGCUCACAGCAGUUGGGGAAUCCCGUCGGUCAGUACCAGGAGUUUUAUGAAAAAUUGUGUAACGGGAUCAGUUCCUCUCUCCCGUUCAAGAUCUCCUAUGUUUGCAUGAUUCAGCUCCUGCGCGCUGUCAUUCCCAGUGUGAAAUCUCCAGCUGUGGCUGUUAUCUUCGUACCGUCCAACCGGAACGUCGUGGCUGUCAACGAGUUCCUUGAUCUCUCCACUGAAGCACGCGACGCCUUGCUCCCUCUUCCGAACGGAUGCUCAUUGAUCUUCGUGCUUGUUCCUCGUGGAAAGCCGGAUCCCCUAUCAUCCAUGGAUUUCUUCAAAACACUGGUGGCGCUCAACAAUUCGCAUGGACAGAUCUGCGUGUGUGAUGAGAUGUCGAUCGAAAAAUUCUCGUCCUCACUGUACGAGCCUUUUUUUGCCAGUUUAAAAUUAGGCAGCAUCUCGGGCCGGAACCAGCUGCACCCGAAUUCACAUUCUUCGCGCAGCGGGCAGCAUGAUUUGUCCAACGAAUUGACAGUCCUCGGCACGAUGGAUCGCAUGGCGAUGGAUAAAUUAUAUCCCACUCGUCCGUAUUAUGUUCUGCCAGUUCCCGGUCAACAGAACGGCGACACGACCGAUUGUGGGUUAGAGCCGCAUUUUGGUCCACUUCUCCACGCCGCUCUGCGCUUAAUGCAGGGUAAAGUGGUGCUGGUGUCCGUGGCGACUGAUUGGUUCGGCUACAUUGAACCGGUCGAGGAUCCCAAAACGAAGAAGCGCUCCAUCCUCGUGUUGAAUUUAUUCCCGAAAGGUUUUUCGCUCGCUCCGGGAGGCGUAGCGGUUCUGGAGGAAUCAGACACUGUGAAGAAGGAUGAGGAUGAUGCGCCGAGUUAUUCCUCGAAAGAUUUCACGCCGGUAUGGACCAGCGCGGAAGCCGUGCAGUGGGAUGUCGGACGAGUGCUGCGAUUUGCGCGAAAAUUACCGGACAAAGUGGAGACAUUCUAUAAGGAGCUGAAUAAAGUGCGACUGCAUGCCUUAUCGAGCUGUAAUUUUCAGUUGCUUGACGCGCUGGCUGAGAUGCUGAUGAGGGAGUGCCAGUUGGCGGCCAGUUCUGCCGGAGCGGCAGAGCUGAAUAAUGUUGUUGUCCAGCUCAAACAGGAAGGACUGACAAUUGAGUGAUGUUCUGAUGCCAAUCAAGCGAUAAGAAAAAAAGCAGCGGAAUCACUCCUGGAGGUGUGCAACCACAAAUUGGAGUACGUGAAACGCGUCGCGGAUCUGCUCGUGCAGUUAUUCAGCAUUGCCGAUGCCAGCGAGAGCAAAGGGUACCAGCAGUGUUUGAUCAAGUUGCUUCAGAUUGAACCACGUCAUAAUACCGGAUGCGACCCUGGAUGAGCUGGAACAGCUGAUCAUGUCGCUGUUCAAUAUGAAAGUAUUCCAGACUGUGAACGGGACACAGCUGCUCGUGGGACUGCUCACCGACCUGGCCUCUAGUGGACCACCUUUCGGAAUAAAAACCACCGAACAGAAAGAACGCACGAUCACUUGCUGCCGCCUGUCGUUGCGUUCCUUCGGCGAAAGUCUUGUGACAUCUUCUAGUACUUUUUAAUAUUGUGCGAUGUGGACAAUGCUAAUUUUAGCGCGUCAUCUAUUCGACUAAGCUAGGUUAAUAUUUUUGCAAGCAGAUCAUUCCCUACGUGAUCCCAGAUGCCUCAGAGGCUACGGUUCCUACCCUGCAAGUAAUCGCUGAAUUGUGCAGCUCGGUGCGAGAGCUGCAAAACUAUAAAUAAAGAUAAUUUGCGCGUUGUGAUGUCCAAAUUUUUGGAAUUUUUAUUUUUGCCACCGAUUGGAGAGUUAGCUGACCCAGAAGCGUUACCGACUUUGGAAUUUUCGGCUGUUGAGUGUCUCUUGAGCGCUUUACAUACACUGGGCAAACGCCCAUCCACAGUUUUUUACAGAGCCUGAACAGGCUGAUGCAUUUAAAGAUUUUCAGCAGCACGGACAGUUAUGUGGGAGUGAGAGGUUUUUGUUUUCUAUAUUAUGUCUUAUUGUCAUCGUUCACUUUUUUGUAAUUAUUGCUUCUAGAUUGCAGUACUUCAACCGCUGUAUGCAGUUGCACAUGCAAAAGUUUGCCGGCACCAGUCAGAAGCAAAAUACUGUGGAUGCUAAACUGAUGAACUUCGCAGCACUUUUUAUGAGCACUACUUUUAAGAGACAGGUUAUUGUGUAGAAAAAAGCGGAAACAUUGCGCCGGAUUACAGCCAACAGUGAAGCUCUGAUUCUUGAUCUCUGUCGAAAUCCUCCUCAUUUCAAGGCUCCAGUUCAUUUCUCCUGGAAAAAAGAGAGCGCAGGCGGGGAUAAAGCACAACAUGCUCGAAUUGAAAGUGUGGUUUCCACGAACCGGAAGACCGAUGAAUCCAAUUGUUCGACACCUGGCAGGAUUCGCACAAAAUACGCUCCUGGAUCUGGGCGUAUCACUGCAGUAGCUGGACGAGCCGCUAACAAAACGGAAACUCUGCGCCCUGUAGCAUCCGCAGCCGAUCAAGCGAAACUGGAUGCCCGCGCAGAAAGACUUGGAACAGGUGCCGCAGCCGCUGCAGUGGAACCUACUCGUACUAAACUGCUGAAAGCUUUUUAUCAGCAGCGACAGUGAUCGUUCGAGCGUUUUGCGGGAUCUGCAGUGUUAUCACUACAAGGGUCUUUUGUUAACAAGAUUUCGCGCUAAUGUGUAUUAUUGUUAUCAAUAUCUUGAUUUACUGGUCAACAUUUUGUUGCUGUUGUUUAUGUGUCCAAGUACUAAUUGACCUUGUUUUAAAUCCCAUGUUAAUUUCAAGCAAAAUUUGAGGCGCACGCAAUGCAUUUGCGCGGAUUGUAGGCCAAUGUUAUUGUCACUAUUGUAUACAAUAAAAUUAUAUGGGUAGAUGAGAAAAUAA